AUGGAACCCGAUUCAGAGGUGGCAUUUGGGAGCAAUAUUGAAUCUCCAAUACUGAAUCAACCACCAUCUCAUAUGCCAGAAGUCGAUUGGGAUAAUUUGCAUAUUGUAGAGACACAUGACGAGGAAGGACGAAUUGAACUAAUGAAUGAGGAUCAGGUAUAUGUGAUUUUGGGCUUGAGGGAUGAGGAUGAGAGAGCAAAGAUGGUUGAAACAAAUGGUCGUACAAUGGUUGAGCAUGGUGAUGAUACUGAAGCUUAUGCCAUCAGUGUUAGUGAUGCCAUACCAAAUGAAAUUGAGAUCACCUAUGAUAAGGAUCACCCAAAAAUCGACCUUGGCACUAUGUACCUAGCAAUGGAUGAAUUCCGGUUGGCUGUGAGACGAUUUGCUAUCAAUGAGGAAUUUGAGCUAGGCACUGAGAAGUCAUGCAAGGAUAGGUUUCGAGGGUUCUGCAAAUCUAGUGAAGGCUGCCUUGGGAGAAUUAAUGGCAAAUUGCAAGCUGAUAAGAAAACUAUAAAGGUGACAGUUUUAGUUGAUCGGCAUGAUUGUAUUUCAAGCAGCAGGGUGAAGACCAUAACACCAUCUCAGAAGUGGGUAGCUAGCAAGGCUGUGAGAAUUAUAAGGGUUUCACCCAAUAUUGGUGCUAAAGAAUUACAUAAAAAGUUGCAGGACAAAUACUCUGUGACAAUUUCAUACGACACGGUCUGGAGGGGGAGAGAAAAAGCUCUCGCAGAGGUUUAUGGUAAAUGGGAAGAGAGUUUUGAGAUGCUAUAUAGAUGGAAGUCUGAGGUAUUGAAAAGGUCACCUGGAAGUAUUGUGGAGAUAGACGUACCAGAGAUAGAUGGUAAUGUGUAUUUCCAUCGAUUUUUUUGUGCACUAAAACCAUGCAUUGAUGGGUUUUUAGAAGGAUGUAGGCCCUAUCUAGGUAUAUAUUCUACUGCACUAAAUGGAAGGUGGAAUGACCAUUUAGCCUCAGCUACAGCAGUUGAUGGUCACAAUUGGAUGUACCCGUUGGCGUAUGGGUUCAUAGCUUCUGAGACAGAAGACAAGUGGACUUGGUUUAUGAAUCAACUUAAGAAGGCAAUAGGGGAUCCUCCACUUCUUGCAGUGAGCACAGAUGCUUGUAAAGCCUUAGAAAAUGCAGUGAAGAAUGUGUUUCCCAAUGCUGAACAAAGGGAAUGUUUUUUCCAUCUUAUGAAGAUUUUUGUGAAAAGAUACCAAGGAUUUGGAAGGAUGUAUCCUGCAGCAAGAGCUUAUAGGGAAGAGGUGUUCACACACCAUAUGACAGAAACUUUUAAAGAAUCUAAUGGGAUAUUUGACUGGUUAAGAGAGUACCAUAAUCUCAAGUGGAUGAGGUGCGCUUUCAAUCCAGAAAUAAAAUGUGACUAUAUCACUAAUAAUGUAGCAGAGGUGUUCAAUAAUUGGAUCCGAGACAUAAAGGACUUACCUGUUGCUGAAUUAGCUGACAAGGUUAGGGAGAUGAUCAUGGGUUUGUGA